CCCUCACCCCGCGGCGAUCCCCGCCGCCGCCCUCCGCGCCACCCACCCUCGCCAGCUGCGGCCGCGGCUCGCCGGCUCCACGGUGAACUAAAAAAAGCAACCAACCAAGAAAGUCUAAAAGCAUCACAAUAAAACACUUCUUCAAAUCUGCAUCAAGAUGGAAACCUUUUGCCUUAAGAUUUCCUUUUGGCUGGCCCUGGUUGGAUAUGUAAUGGGAGAUAAUCCUGAGAGAUAUAGCACCAAUCUAAGCAAUUACGAGGACGGCACUGGUUUUCACGGAACAGAGCUCAACCUCCUUGUCACCACUCAUCGGCCCACGAAUUUAGCUGUACCGAGCAAUGGCUCAAUGCACAACUACUGCCCACAGCAGACUAAAAUUACCCUAGCUUUCAAGUACAUUAACACGGUGAUAUCUUGUACUAUUUUCAUCGUGGGAAUGGUGGGGAAUGCAACUCUACUCAGGAUCAUUUAUCAGAACAAGUGUAUGAGGAAUGGACCCAAUGCACUCAUAGCCAGCUUGGCCCUCGGAGACCUGAUCUACGUGGUCAUUGAUCUCCCUAUCAACGUAUUUAAGCUGCUGGCUGGGCGCUGGCCUUUUGACCACAAUGACUUCGGUGUGUUCCUCUGCAAGCUGUUCCCCUUCCUUCAGAAAUCAUCAGUGGGGAUCACCGUCCUCAAUCUCUGUGCGCUCAGCGUCGACAGGUACAGAGCAGUCGCCUCCUGGAGUCGAGUUCAAGGAAUUGGAAUUCCCUUGAUUACUGCUAUCGAAAUCGUCUCUAUUUGGAUCCUUUCCUUUAUCCUGGCCAUCCCUGAAGCAAUCGGCUUUGUCAUGGUCCCCUUUGAAUACAGGGGUGAACAGCACAAAACCUGUAUGCUCAAUGCCACAUCCAAGUUCAUGGAGUUCUACCAAGAUGUGAAGGACUGGUGGCUCUUUGGGUUUUACUUCUGCAUGCCUUUGGUGUGCACUGCGAUCUUCUACACCCUCAUGACGUGUGAGAUGUUGAAUAGAAGGAACGGCAGCCUGAGGAUUGCCCUCAGCGAACAUCUCAAGCAGCGUCGAGAAGUGGCGAAAACUGUGUUCUGCUUGGUUGUAAUUUUUGCACUCUGCUGGUUUCCUCUGCACUUGAGCCGCAUUUUGAAGAAAACUGUGUACGAUGAGAUGGACACAAACCGCUGUGAACUGCUUAGUUUCUUGCUGCUCAUGGAUUACAUCGGUAUUAAUUUGGCAACCAUGAAUUCCUGUAUAAAUCCGAUCGCUCUGUAUUUUGUGAGCAAGAAGUUUAAAAAUUGUUUCCAGUCGUGUCUCUGUUGCUGCUGUCACCAAUCUAAAAGCCUGAUGACCUCAGUCCCCAUGAAUGGAACAAGCAUCCAGUGGAAAAACCACGACCAAAACAAUCACAACACAGAGAGGAGCAGCCACAAGGACAGCAUUAACUAACCAUUGAAGAAACGUGGAUCCAUGUUCCUUCAAGUCCUGCAGGUGACUUGUCAUCUGGCAACUAUGUCUCCAGAAAUCUCUUCUGAGCUCCUCUUCCUUAACUCAGUCCCACUUCCCCCAGUGUAUUCUACAAGUGCUUCACCAGAGUGGACUAGCUUAUAUCCAUGAAUCUUCUUUACUUAAGUUUAUAUAUUCUGCAUGUUCAAACACUCAAAAAUGGCAGGAAGUGGGAGAGAAUGGAGCUUGUUCAAUGAAGCCAGAAGGAUUUUUGCUACCUUUGCAUGAAAACAGUUUUGAGUACAUGACCAGCUUUGAUGGUGGUUCUAUGCAGCGUUCCACAACAACUGGUCAUCGGAAGAAUUGAGAAAUUAAGACCAAAUAUUUUUCUUUUUUGGCCAAGCAUAACAUGGAUUUUGGACACUUUUCUUUGAAAUGUCAUUCAGUGCCAGUAUUUUUUUUUACUGUAUAAUAGCCUAGAACUGUUUGAGCUAAUUUACAUAUAUUUUGUAAAAAAAAAAAAAAAAAGGACAAAAAAUAAUAUUGAGAUAAGCAAUGAGGUUAAAUAUUCCCGAUGUCACUGUUUUGUUUUUUAACACAUGAACUCUAAAACUGCAACCGAAAAUCAGGCGCAUAAAACACAGAUUGAUCCUCAGUAGCAGUUCAAUAGUUGCUAUUUGAAGAAAGUUUUUAAAACGUGUACUUUCUUUUCCUAAUAGUUAUUUUUUCAGAAAAUCUUGAACAUAUUUUUAUGUUAAAUUCAAAAAUAAUAUUUGCAGUCUGAGCAGGGUGAUGCAUGCCUGUAAUCCCAACCCUGGGGAGGGAGGAAGAAUCACAAGUCUAAAGUCAGCCUGGGCUAUCCAGCAAGACCUUAUUUCAAAAAUAAUACUAAUAUAUGGAUAAAAUAGUUCUCUUUUCCACAAGCCCAGUCUUUUAUGUAAAAGCUACGUUCCAAUUUUGUAUGUGUCAUUUAAAUUUGUCUGAGACUUUCAGUGCAAUGUGUAGAAGUCUGAAGUAUACCUAGGAGAGGAAGAAUAUUUUUAGAGGAUGUAGAAACUUUUGUUGGGUUUUGUAAUAUAUAUUAUCCCAUUUUAUUCUCUUAAUUUCUCCUGAAAUGUUAACUAGCUGUAAAGCUUUUUUGUAGUUCCUUUUCCCAAGUAUGAAAGCUACUUUUAAAAUGGUCAAAGUAGUUGAUCCUACCAGUGAGUGCAGUUCCUCCCACUGUGAGCCUUUGAUUUGUCAUUUCUCUGGAAUGACAGCAUGAACUAAGUCCGUACCCACCCCGCCCACUCCCAGUGGUCAUCAUUUCAAAGGGCCCACCAUGACUUUGCUGGGCAUUUUCCCAGAUGUUUACAGACUGUAAGGAAAAAAAGUCCUCCAUUAUUUGUGAGAGUGUGUGUGUGUAUGUGUAUGUGUGUGUGUGUGCACGCUCACGCAUGCACGCAUGUGUGAACAAUUGUACAUUUUUGUGUGAUACACCUGAGAAGAAUGGACUGUGUAGAUUCAAUAAUCUUAAUCAUAAUGCCCUAUGGUUGUACCAAAGCACACAGUCUUAAGUGGCUUCACAACAACCCACCUUGGUCACUUCACACACAAGAAUCUCCUGUGUUUCUCCAUCUUAUGGACUGUGUUACUAUGGCAAGUGGAGUAUGGGUGGGUGCGUGGGGCACCAUGUAAGGGAAGAACCAUGGGUUAGCAACACAGUGUUUUGCUAAGUUGGUUGUUUGACAAAUCAGUCCUACUGUUUUUCUGUGUUAAAGCCAAAGGCAUUACACCUUGUGAAGUAUUAUUGUUCUAAUCCUAAUAAGUUGCCUGAUUUUUCUAUCGAACUUCACCAGCUACACUGCUGGUGAUAAAUUAGGUAAACUAAUGUGUUGGGUUGUGUUUUAGCAUAGUCACAGUGAAAUGUAUCAGGUUCCCAGCUGUUUGAAUUUCUCUCUGUGUUAAUCAGAUUCCAUCCUAUCAUCAGGCCAUGAUACACAGUGAGGCGUUCCUGUCACAUAAGCCUUGGGUCCCCACUAUUUUGUAUAGACAAUUGUAUUUUAAGUAAUUUUGUUUCUUUCAUAUAAAAUUUAUUUUAUAAUUUCAGAAAGUCAUAGAUUUCUGAAUAACUACACAAGCUUCAAAAUGUAUUUUGGUUACAGACUGAUAAGGAACUGUGGUCUACUAGAAGGGAUAUUUUCAAUUUCUACCUUUACCACAUCUUUCCACCAAGUAACUGUAGAAAUGAGCCAGAAGCUAAGGCCCUGAGAUGGCAGUGGCCCAUAAGAAUAAAAUAAAAAGUUUACAGAA